CACUAGACUAUAGUGAUGGUGCAGUUACAAUAAUACAAUAUAUAUAUAUAUUGAUUUGAUGUACAUAAACUUACCUUUUUUCGAAGAUGAAUAUGCUUUUUAGUUUUUCCUUGUACGUGCUUGUGGGUUUUACUAAAAAUAAUAAACAAGAACAACGUUUAAGCGAAUUAGGCUAGAGGGUCGUAUGUUGUCAGCUAUUCAUUCUUUCACGGAAUGGCACUAGAUUUCAAAAAGGCUGCUUUAGUCGUUGGUUUGUCCUUAACUGUGAUUGUCAUCUGCAGUGUCCUGUACGUGUUCACAGUACGAUGGGAACAACAAAGUAACGACGUCGUUAAACCAGGACGAUUUUCAGAUCCUUCACUUAAAUUUGUCACCAUACUGUUCCGUCAUGGAAAUAGAGCACCAAUGUUCAAAUACAAGACUGAGUCACACAAGAACGAUUUUCCUGAAGGAAUAAUGCAAUUAACUAAAAAAGGAAAGCAAAAUAUGUACAAAAAAGGACAAAUAUUUCGAAGCUUAUACAAUGGUUUCGUAAGUGACUUAUAUUUGGAUAGCGAGAUUUUAGUAAAAACUACCAACACAAGUCGGACGUUCAUGUCAGCGGCAAUGGUUUUAACAGGAAUGUAUCCGCCAAAAAAUUAUCAGAAAUGGUCGAACUCAGAAACUGUGUGGCAACCUAUUCCUAUUUACAGUAAUUCACCAGAUCGAGGGCAAUUAAUCGGUAGUAUGGGAAUAUGUCCGUCUAUUGAUUCAUUCACCGAAAGUCUCACUCAAAUACUAAAUUAUUCUGCAGACAAAAAUAUAACAGCAUUGAUAUCGUUUUUAUCUGAAAAAUACGGACAAUCUAUCACCGGCAGAGAUGUUUUACAGCUAUACGACCUUUUUUUGUGUAGGAUAGCUGAAGGCUUACCAGUACCGGAUUGGAUAAAUCCUUAUCACUUUGCAACAAUGAAAUCAAUGUAUUCAAACAUUUCAAAAAUUCUUUUGGAAAAUAUGAGUAUAAUAAAAUUGCUUGUAGGACCUCUGCUAAAUGAAAUUGGUAUGAACAUGGAAUCGAGUUCAAAUAAUUAUAAUACAACAAGAAAAAUGCAUCUUUAUUCGGGACACGAUAUUAGUAUAGGAAUGGCAAUGAGCUUUCUUGGCCAUGCUAUUGAAUUGCCUGAUUUUGGUGGCUCGUUGCAUUUCCAUUUGUACCACGACGUAACAAAUGAAUACAUAGUUAAGGUAUUUUAUUUUGAUCGAUGGGACAAUGAAAAUGGAGAAGAAAUCUCAAUACUUAUUUGUGGUAAUCCCUGCAAAUUUGAGGACUUCAAAAAACUGUUGACCGAUAAUUUAUCUGGAAGAUGGGAAGAUGAGUGUCAACAAAUAUAGAACUACCUAUGUAAUAAUUUCUUAUGUUUGUUUAUUCUUUUGCCUGUUAAAUAGCUUUGCUUGCCCCCUUUUUUCUUCUUAAAUAAUGCAGUUAUUCUGCUAAAUUAAAGAAUUUAAAAAUAUGGUCUUAAAGUAUAUUUAAAAAUUCUAAAAAUCAGAAUUUGAAUAAAUUCAUUAUUAAAGGAAACAAUGGGGGUCAGCAUGCUUGGUAAAGCACCCUGUAUAUAAAUAAUAUUAUAUUUUAUAAAUAAUAUAUUUUGAUUCUAUAACUACAAAAAUUUUAAUGAAUUAUCGAUUUAGGGAUCCAACAAUAGUCAAAAAGAACAAAAUUGUAUUUUUUAUUAAUAUAAUAUAUCUUAGUUUUGAACGUUUUA